GAACACGAGGAGUGAAGUUGUGUGAUUUGUUUUGUUUUGUCUAUUUAGUGUUUCGUCAGGUUUAAAUGUGUAAUAAAGGUGGUUUAUUAACUGCUUAGUAUCUGUGAAAGUGCCCAAAUGUGGGAAAAUGAAGCAGAGCCGCUGAACGUAACUUCUCGGGAUUCUCCAAAAUGUCCACUGAAAAAAUCUUUGUAAAUGACCACCAUUUUACUGAUUUGACAUUAUAUUUCAUCUCAUAUCAUUUCAGUUAAUUUCAUCCCAGGUGAUUAAUGUCUCCAAUUAAUCAUCUUCAUUUCACCCCAUUUUAUCAUUUUUCAUAAAAAUAAGAAUAUAAAUUAAAAUAAGACAUGACUUAAAGGUCUUAGUAACCAGGUCAUAAAAUCCUGUAAACAAUAAAAAUAAUCCACUCCUAAAACAAUGAGCAUUAAUUCUGUUCAAUAGAAAUAACAUUACAGAGUAAUUAUUUGAAGAAUACGUAUAAUCUAAUAAUGAUGUAGUGGAACAGUAAAAAAUGAAAAUAUCUAAAGUGAUCGCCACGAAUUUUGGAGUCUAAAUAAUCGAAAGGUCCACAAUGGAUCAACCACUCAAUCUUAAAUUGUCAUCAUUAUCACUAAUUUCACAAAACAAAUUACAAAAUAUAUUGAGUCAGUGUGGCGAGAAAAAGGAUUUAAUAAUCGAUCCAUCCUUAAUUAAGGCUUUGGAAAGAAUAUGCGGUGUGACAUGGCUCAGACAACAUGGAGUUGACAAAAUAUACAAAAUGGAUCCCCAACUCGGUCCAACGGCAAACGCAAAUAGAGUAUACUUUAUUCCAGCGUGCAUCAUAAAAUACAAAUGUGUCCUGGACCAAAUAUCAUCGCUCAUUAGUCAGAAUCCAUCUAUAGCUGACGUAAAUGGCUUCCACAUCAUUAUAAUUCCAAAAGUCUUAAAUUCAUUUGAUUCCAUAUUAGAAAGUAAAGGUUUAUAUGGUGUGGUUAAAUUACAUGCAUUCGCAUGGGAAUUAAUGGUCCUCGAUGAUCAGUUAUUGAGUUUAGAGUUACCAUUUUUAUUUAAACAGUUAUUUGUUGACCAAAAUCAGUCCUUACUGUCCGGUGUAGCAAUGUCUUUAUGGACAUUAUUUCAUGUGACAGGGAGACCUAAAGUAAUGUGUUCAUUUGGUAAAUUUUCUGCGGGAGUACUAGACAUGUUAGAAAUAUAUAAUGAAACUUAUUCUAGAAACUUUGUAGAUACAAAUAAUUCAAGGGAUAUAGGAGCGUUACUUGUUAUAGAUCGUACCCAGGAUUAUGCGUCAAGUCUGCUAACUCCAGCUACAUACAGCGGAUUGCUUAAAGAAAUAUUCAGUAUAAACUGUGGAUUUCUGGAUUUGAAUGUUAAAGAUACAAAAGUAAUGAAAGGCAAGUUAAAUUUUGAUAGUGAACAAAGCAAUGAAAGUAAAAGUACAGCAAUGCCUUUAGAUAGUUCUAUAGAUAGUCUGUAUGCUGAGAUAAAACACAGACAUUUCUCUGAAGUCCUCAGCGUUCUCAGUUCUAAAGCUAAAUUACUUAAAAACGAAGACAUAAAAGCAUUAGGUAUACAAGAAAUGAAGCACUUUGUUGCGACCAAACUCCAACAAGUGACUCUCUUCAAGCAAAAUCUAGUAAACCAUGUGUUAGCUUGUGAAACGAUAAUAUCAGAAAUGAGCAACAGAUUUGAGAAUCUAAAAUUAACUGAGACUGAAAUGUUGAAUAAUAGAAACAAAAAGACCAAUUAUAACUUCCUUGAUGAAAACUUCGGGACUGAAAUUCACAUUUAUAAUAGUUUGCGUCUGAUGUGUUUGUUAAGCUUAACACAAGGUUUGUCUUAUGAUGAAUACAAUACAUUAGUCAAUAAAUACCUCUUGGCCUUUGGUUACAAAUAUUUGUAUGUAUUCAAUAAUUUGAUCAACUCUGGCUUGCUAAUUCAACCUUCGAAUAUAAAGCUCUCAUUAAAUAUUUCCAAUUUAAGUAACUUAAGUGAUAAAUUACCAAAAUGGCAGAAUGAAUUUCAGACUGCUGCUCAUAAAUUAAAACAGUUACCAUCUAAGCCAGAUGAUGUAGGUAAGUCAUCACCGAGUUAUGUUUUCAACGGUGGCUACAUACCUUUAGUUGCUAUUAUCUGUAAUGCCAUACUCACCUCUGAAAGCCUCAGUGAAGUUCUGACAAAGCUGUCAACUUUGACGGACUUUAAAAUUGGUGGUGUAAUAAAUGAAAAACUGAAAGAUGGUGUCGAGACGUUGAAUGAGAAAUUGUCAAAUCUUAAAGUUUCAAAUGACUUAGAAUUUGGCUGCAAAGAUCCUAAGAUUUUAUCUAAAGUAGUUAAAAGCGACCCGAACUUCUGUAAUCUGUUUCAAUUAAAGCCAAAAACUAUUUUGGUAUUUGUAAUUGGAGGAGUGAACUAUGCAGAGAUAGCUGCAUGUGAGGUUGUACAAACAAACACUGGAAGCAAGAUUUAUAUUGCAAGUGAUUGUGUAUCAAAUGGCAGUGAUUUGAUUGCUGCUCACAUGUAACUUAUUCUGUACGUAUAAAAUCUUAAUUUUAUCAUUUAUCACAGCAGUAACGGAUCAUUGUUAACUAAUGUGGUAUAUCAAAGGGUGUGUAAAUAACGUAUAAUGUUCGUAAAAUCUAUUUACAAUGAGAUCUGAACUACUAUAAACUGAUAAACUAUAUUCACUAGUCAUGAUUAUGAAUGAUUUAAAUGAAAUUGGACUUAAAACGUCAGUUAUUGUGUUAGCAACAACUUGAGAAUGUACUUAAGUUUAUUCCAAGUAGCAAUAUAUUGUAUUCUCACAGAACAACUAUAAUCAAUGAUUCUGUGAAUGAAUGAAUGUACUUAAUGAAUUCAGUGAACAUAAACUUUUAAACUGUGAAAUAACUGAAAGAAAAAUAAUUCUUAUGAACAUUGAAAAUUACUUUACUCUUUAUGUAUUUAAGCUAGUACAUGGUACCCACUGGACGAUUUUAAUUACAUAAGCUUAUGAAAUAAUAUAUGCUUAAAUGAAAUAAAACUUUUUUAUAUCAAAAAUAA